AUGCUUUCUUCGGCCCCAAGCACUGGUUCAUCUGCGCAGCGGAGUUCAAACUUGCGGGUCAACGCUAUAACACCAGCAGAUAAAGUUGUUGUUGGCCUGAACUAUGGCACAACAUUCACAUCGGUUUCCUAUAGUAUUGUUCCAAUCGAAAAUAGCAAUCUGAAAGGCUUCGCCAAUAAUAUCAUGAGUGUGGUUAACUGGCCAAGCGAUGGAGAGUACGGCGAAAGAAAGCAAGUUCCAACAGAAAGUUGGUAUUCAUCAGAGCUGAUUAAGCGGCAGGGAGAUGAUGAAAAUGAGAUAUUCGAUGAGAAUCUUUUCGAUUCAUUCAAAGGGCAGCAUCCCUUGACACUCAGCGGGGUAGGUGGAGAUAAAGACAAUGAUCCCGAAGACUCAGAAAUGGAAGAUGAGCUUUCCGUGGACUUUCUCUGGGGAUAUGAGGUGCCAUACCAUGUGUACAAGGCAAACUCAACCCGAAGCCAGAGACGCCUUAUUAAAAGAGCUAAACUGAUGUUAGUUAGAACCGAGUACACUAAUAAAGAUCGAAAGGGACUUCGAGGCAAAUUCACUGGCCUACUCAAAGAGGGUAUCAUACGCAGACACGGGAAACGAUCCAAGGCCGAGCCUGAUAUGUGGGAUGCUGUUGACCCGGUUUCAGAUUUUCUUGUGAAGGUCUUGCAACACACUAAAGAACAACUGAAACUUCUUCAUGGAUUCACGGACCGAACUCCUGUGGAUUUCGUGAUGACUGUACCGACUGUCUGGUCUCCAGAGGCCUCUCGUGUACUUUAA